GACCACGACCACGACAACCAACCACCACCACUACCACCUCCAGCAGCCACCACCAAUUGCCACCUCCACAAGGCACAAAUAUAUCAGCAGGCAAGGCAGUGGCGGCAGCGAGUCGCACCACGAGCAGCUGGGGAGGGGCAUAGUACGUGCAGUGUUCGCAGUAGUCUCACGACGAUAAUACACGCGCGAGUUACGAUAUCGAGAGCCAAGAAGAACACUAACCUGACGAGCGCGAGCACGGGCGAAAGAGAGGGAGAGACAGAGCGAGAAAGGGAGAGAAAGAGGAAAAAAUACAUGUCGUAGAUCCGUAUCAAGUUCAACGAAAAGAUACAGUGAUUGGAUUGUCGGUUGGUUGUGCAUGGUCGUCGGUUCGUUAGGUCUCAAGAGUAUUAUUUGCCCGAGGGAGGGAGUUUUGAGCAGCAAACAAGUGCACCUUCCGCGUGAUCGCACCAGCAGAAGCAGAUUGAAAAUAAGCCAGUUUUCGUGGUUAUUUAAUCAUUCGAUCGCAACGCCGUGCGAUCAAAGAUUUUUUCAUUGCUCCAAUAAGUGAUGAAAUGCUGUUGACAAAGGUGCUCGGUGGACGAUAAAACUAAAGGAACGAUCGGUUUUUUAUCUCUGCUUUUAUUGAGAAAAAUAGACGUAAAGUGCAAAGGUUCGUUCGUCAGGAGAGCUAGUGUUCGCGAGUGUGUUGCGGUCUCGAUAAUCCUGGUAGCCUAGUUUGUUCGUGAAGUGUGGUGAGUUGCAUCGUGUCUGCUAGCCCCAUGUCCAUUAUCGAGAUCAGCCCCGUGGCUCGCUCCGUGGUGCUUACUAUUCUACGUGUUUACUCUUAACGAGUAUAUUUUACGUAUUUCUGGAAAAUUUCACACAGUGUCGUAUGUAACACAAAAGUUUUAAUUUGUUUACAGUGCAGUGCAGAAUAUUGGAUAGUGAGGUGGAUAGAACGCAAGGUGUUUUAUUUUUCACAGUUGAACACAGAGGCAGAUGACAACAGACCAGGCUCAUUGCAAGGAUCCGUUCGAACAGUGUGCCACGAUUAUAUGUAGAUAUCAAUAAAGUUUUUUUCUAAAUUCGUAUACCGAGCUGCGAGGAAGUGAUUCGAUCCACGCUGGAAAAAGAAAACAUCGAAGUAUUGCAUAAUAAAAUUUGAAUUGAUCGAAAGUCUUGGACGAAUGGCGUGGCAAUAAGAAUCAUUUGAUAAUACGAAACGAGGAAUCAAAGGUCGACGAGGCAAGGAUGCUCCGGACUCCGCGUAGAUUAUCCUGGAUAUCAUUCAGGUACGAGACGAGUUCUCUAUAACUGGAGCAGCCCUGGGAGUCCCGGUGACACUAAAAUAUUUCGUCAUCCGGUGACGAAACUGAAGGAAAUUGACUGAAAGCUAAUUGUAGUACCUGCGCAAUCGGUGCUCUCGGAAAAAAGGUUUCGUUGCAAGCUGACGCAAGACGCGUUCGCAGUGGGAUCUAUCAAAGGCACUAAAAGAACGGAAAUAAGAUCGUGUACGUUUGAAGAAAUAGUGAAACGCGUCAAAUCGGUGAAGUCCCGUCUUCCGGGUACCGUGGGAGUCUUGAUGAGCGUGGCGAUCGAUAGCGGGCUCGCGUGCUCGGCUCGGAGACGUUGACGACGUCCGGGUCGGUCUCGGAUCGGUCGGGUAACGCGUCCCGCUGGAUAUCGGGCCAGAGGGAUCAUUUCAAAGCAUCCAGUAAUCGUGAGCUAUACCCAAAACGGCCAGGGGAAUAUUCCGCAAGUCUCACAUGCUGUGGAAUUCUUCCGUCCCUGUUCUCAAGUAGAAUAAGUUUAUUAGUGGCUGACCACAGGAGCACGAUCGAUCUCGAUACAAUCGUUGAGCAUUCGUGGAAGAAAAAUCGAGGGUACAGUUAACAGGCUGUUAGUGCCCGAAAGUCGAUCGUGUCAAAGCAUUUCAUCAAGACUAUUAGAACACUGGAUAUCGUUGCGUCGUUCAUUGGAACGGAAAGCUCCAGAGUACCGACGCAGCGCUUUCGGUGGCAGCGGUACGUGAUAUUCGGAUCCUCUGUCCUUGGCCAAAAGGACAGCGUUUGGUCGCGCAGUCCGUUAGUUCGGCUGAUAAUUCCGAAAGUAAAGAUAGUCCCCCCGACGGUAUAUGGGGGACUUUGUUGCGACGAGCCUCUUCUCGAGCAGUAGUGGGAGUGCCUCAUCCGCAGCAGUCUGCAGACAAACACCUUCGGGAGUUUGCGGUGUGAUUGUGGGCAGCACUGGCAGUGGGUCGACCUCAAUACUGGCCAGCAAUCAUCAGCAGCAGCAACACCACGUUGGUCAGCAACAGCACCAUCAUCUCCAUCAUCAUCCUCACCAUCAUCAUCAGCAGGUCAACACGAUGCAGGACGAGUUGCUGAUCGAGAAGCAAAGCGGCAGUGGAAAGCAGGCACCUUUGUCACCGGGGGAUUUGGACGGGAGCAGCGCACAGGACAAGUCCAAAGAGUCCUCGGAGGCUGAGACAAUGGUUGCUGCAACGCCGCAAUCGCUUUCGUCAUCCGUUGAUAAGGAUAUCACCAGUUGCGUUAACACUUCAGGUCUACAAGGCUUUGCGGAACCAGUGAGGGUUCCCAGUUUGUGGGCCACUGCUCCUGAAGAUACGGGACUCCACGCUUUGCCGGUCAACGGCUCCAUCGCGACUUUUCAAAACUUCCCGACCGGCGGACCGGCUGGUUUAUUCGCUGGAUCGAGCGCAGGUGCUCGACGUGCCAUCACAGCGAGUCACAACUUUCCUCAGCACGGUGGCAACGCCGGGCCCCCCACCAGCGGUAGGCACGGACUCCAAGUCGGCCAGCAACAGCAGCAGCAGCAGCAGCAACAACAACAACAACAGCAGCAACAAACUACUCAUCCGGGAGUUUAUCUUCAAGGAAAAGGAUACGCCGCCUGGUCAGGGGGCCCGCAAGCUCCCCAACAGUGGGGUGGAGCACCCCAACCCACGGCCGCUCCGAGUCCUGCUUUAUCACCCUGGAGCAGGGGCAGAUCCGUGCCGAAUUUACCACCGAAUUUACACUCCUCGCUCCACGCCGCUGCUGCGGUCGCUGCCGCCGCUGGACUCCAAGGUCGCAAACCGAGCCCAACCUUUCCGGGACAUCCUGGAGCCAAUCAAGGACAUCCCUCUAACAUUAGUCCUGUCAAGUUUCGCCGAAGUACUUCGUAUCCUGGAAAAGGGAAUCUUUACCCUCCACAACCGGCUCCCACUUUUGAAGUCACUACUGCUGAGGAACGUGAACUUCUGCAGAUGCCGACCUAUCAGCAAGAUCGAAUGCCCGCUAACGGAAACUCACCGUUGGACACAAUGCGCACUUUGGAACACUACCUCAGCGACAUCAUGCGAGCUGGCGCGGCCGAUACCCCCGAACAUCUAAAAGGUUUCAUAAACUGCAACGCCAGCACGCUACAGUCUCUCGCCCAGCUGCACGGUAAAUCUCCGUUCUUCCCUAGUCUAGAUGACCAAGGUGGAAAUCUUAUGGACGAUCCCAACGCGGCUGGACAGCUCGAUGGUGUUGGCGUGGGUGUCGGUGUGGGUGUUGGCGUUGGCGGUGGCAUGAAUGCACCUCAAGCUGCACCAUUAUCAUCACCGAGUCGCAGCAGUCCUCACAGCCAGGGCAGCGAAACCGGCGAACGAUUUUCCAGGAAGGUUUUCGUCGGUGGCUUACCCCCGGAUAUUGAUGAAGACGAAAUUACAGCCAGUUUUCGCCGAUUUGGACAGUUGGUCGUCGAUUGGCCACACAAAGCAGAGAGCAAGUCAUAUUUUCCGCCAAAGGGUUACGCUUUUCUCCUGUUUCAGGAUGAGAGUUCGGUUCAACAGUUGAUAGAUGCUUGCAUCCAGGACGAUGACAAGCUCUAUUUGUGCGUAAGUUCACCAACGAUCAAGGACAAACCAGUACAGAUAAGACCGUGGCGUUUGAGCGACGCGGAUUUCGUGUUGGAUGCUUCAAUGCCUUUGGAUCCGCGAAAAACUGUUUUCGUCGGUGGUGUCCCACGGCCUCUCAAAGCCGUUGAGUUGGCUAUGAUAAUGGAUCGAUUGUACGGUGGCGUUUGUUACGCCGGAAUCGACACAGAUCCUGAGCUGAAAUAUCCCAAAGGCGCUGGCCGAGUCGCAUUCAGUAAUCAGCAGAGUUACAUUAGCGCCAUAUCGGCGCGUUUUGUUCAGCUUCAACAUGGCGACAUCGACAAAAGGGUCGAGGUCAAGCCAUACGUGCUCGAUGAUCAGAUGUGCGACGAGUGUCAGGGUCAACGUUGCAGUGGCAAAUUUGCGCCCUUCUUCUGCGCCAACGUCACAUGUCUUCAGUACUAUUGCGAGCAUUGCUGGGCAACAAUUCAUUCGAGGCCAGGUCGAGAGUUUCACAAGCCUCUGGUUAAGGAGGGUGCAGAUAGGCCUCGUGCCGUACCGUUUCGUUGGUGUUAACCCCAAGUGUUUGGGUUUAACGGCCCAAGCCUGCGUUUGCCACUCUAAUUAUCUCGCGGCCCUAGCUAAUUAACUACCACUCCUAUGAGUCCUCCUCUCUCUCUUUCUCUUUCUCUCUCUCUCUCUCUCUCUUUCUUUUCUUUGAAAUUGACUCCAUUUGCCUGACCUCUCUCCUGAUAAUAUCAACUUCAUCCUUAAACAUGUCCGAUUCUCGUCCGAAAAGUCCCAAAAAAACUGUCCGUACUACCAUAACUGCUAAAAGGAAUGCAAAAAAAAGAAACAAAACAAAAGGAAUAAAACAUCAAAACUUCUAUUGCUAUUCCCAAAAAUACCCAAUACUACUAAAAGAAAAAAAAAAAAACAACAACAUAAUAAUGAUAAUUAUUACUAUUACUAUUACUACUACUAUUACUACUACUACUACUCGAUCGUCACUACUACGACUAUUCUAUUCACUUGCUAUUUCAAUUCUACUCCAACUACUGCGUACCACCCCUCCAUUUAGUAGACCCGAAUCUUCCCUCGAAUCCUCUAAAAUUGGGUCAUUAAGAAGAAGAAGAAAAAAAAAAGCAACAACGGCAACGACAAACGGGGGCAAACGUCGAUUCUGUGCCUCGGCUGAAUCGCCGGGAAAUCAUUUCGAGACCCUGAGAAUUUCAAGCGAAUGAUAAAUUCUUUGACGAUCGUUCCAACGAGUGAAACUCGAAAUACGAUGAAAACUGAGUGGAGACGAAACGAGAGUGAAGAGAUACACAGAGAGAAAGAGAGAUAAUGGAGGUUGUCAAUCGCAGAUUAUUAUUCCGUGAGUUUGACAUGACAAGCCAACGAUUUUAUUGCGGAUACGUCGAGCUUCGAUAAACGAAACGCUUAUCUUCGAUGCGCAGCGAAGAACCGAAGAACGAACGAGUGGCAACGAUCGUCCGAGGAUCAACACUUUUCGAGCGUUACCUCGUGACGAAGAAAUUUUUCCUCACCUUCAACAUCGAGAUUUGUCAUCGGAAAUCAUCGUACCGAAGACGUUCGACGACGUAGAGCAAGAGUAAAUAACGAAAGAGAGGAAAAGAGGGACCGAGCUUUACCGUCAAGUAAGAUAGAUACGAGGGAAUAACAAUGUAGGGACAAAAGGAGUGGAGUGGAGAGAGGAUAAAUUCAAUUGCGAAAGGGAGAUAUAAAGAGUGAAAGAAAGAGAGGUAGGGAGAGCGAGAGCGAGAGAAAGAGUGAGAGAUGGAGAUAAUAAAAUCGGAGAUAAUCACGUAGAGCCACUGAGACGAUGGCGGGAUUGUGUCGUGUUAAACAUCAUAACUGAUUUUAGAGAGUAACACAAGCAAAAAAAAAAAAGUUAAUUUGACACGUGAUAAAGCAGAGAAAAAUAAGUCAAAUGAGGUGACGAGGAGCCAUGCGCGAUUUAUGCCUCUGAAUGUAACGUUUUCUUUUUGUAUACAUGAAAAAAAAAAAAAAAGAAACAAACAAACAAAAAUAACCGAUGAAGCAUGAAAAGGAAAAACGCUUUGCUUUUUACGGCGAUAAAUUAGGCAAUUUCUUUACUAUCACUAUUUAGGUAUAAGAGUUCGUUUCAAGCUUCGAAACACUUAGGACACGAUUUAAAAACGAAUUAAAGGUAAAACGAAAGAAAUAAUAAAUAACAUCUACGGAGUGAACGAAAUAAAUUUGCGAUCUAACGGAGAAAAAUUGUCGCAUCCAAAUAUAGUUCAAUGUGAUAUUUCAGUUAUUGCGAUGAAACUUUCGGGCCAGUCUGUAGAAAAAAUAAAAAUAAUAAAUCAACAAUAAAUAAUGAUCACAGUUCACAGUA